AUGAAAUAUGAAGCAUCAGCUUUCAAGCCUGAGCAAAGGAACUCAGCAGUGACAACCCAACUUGGCCUAACUGAGACUCAGCGAACCCAAUUCCAGACUCUCGGCUCCCGGCACUUGCUGCAGCUCUCUGAUCCUAGAAUCUUCAACUCCAGCUGUGUCAUGGUACUUUGCAGAUUUGGUCAAAAGCUGGUACGCAGAUAUAAACUGGAACAUUUGGUGGAUGAGGAUGACCUACGUGGAAGACUGAACACUCUGGGUUUAGUGGCCCUAGGUGUGUGCUCUACAGUGGGUGCAGUUAUCUAUGUCAUAGCUGGUGAAGUGGCUAGAGAUAAAGCAGGACCAUCCAUUGUGAUCUGUUUUUUGGUGGCCAGUCUAACUUCUGUUCUGACAGGGCUGUGCUAUGCAGAGUUUGGUGCCCGUGUUCCCUAUUCUGGCUCUGCAUAUCUCUACAGCUAUGUCACUAUAGGUGAAAUCUGGGCUUUCAUCACUGGCUGGAACCUCAUCUUUUCCUAUGUUGCUGGUACAGCCAUUGUGGUCUUUGCCUGGAGCUUAGCUUUUGACAACCUGUUUGGGAACCAGAUCUCUCAGACCCUGAGUGGAAGCAUCUUACUGCAUGUUCCUCAGGUCCUUGCAGAAAUUCUAGGCUUCUUUGUUGUGGGCCUUGUGUUGUUGCUCAUCGGAUUGCUGACUCUGAGGGCUAGGGAGUCAGGACUGUUUACCAAAGUAGUCACAUUGGUGAGCCUUUUAGUUCUCAGUUUUGUCAUCAUCUCUGGUUUCAUUAAAGGAGACCUGCACAACUGGAAACUCACAGAAGAGGACUACAUAAAGGCUGGACUCAAUGACACCUCUAGCUUGGGGCCUCUGGGCUCUGGAGGAUUUGUGCCUUUUGGCUUUGAGGGGAUUCUCCGUGGAGCAGCUACCUGUCUGUAUGCAUUUAUAGGUUUUGAAAACAUUGUUACCAGAGCUCAAGAAGCCCAGAACCCCCAACAUUCCAUCCCUAUGGGCAUUGUAAUUUCACUCUUCAUCAGCACUUUGAUGUAUUUUGGUGUCUCUUCAGCACUUACACUUAUGGUGCCUUACUACAAGCUUCAACCUGGGAGCACCUUGCCUGAGGCAUUUCUCCAUAUUGGCUGGGCCCCUGCCUACUAUGUUGUAGCUUUUGGAUUUUUCUGUAGUCUUUCUGCCAGCCUCUUGGGCUAUAUGUUCCCCAUACGUCAGUUGAUAUACAUUAUGGCAAAGCAUGGCCUCCUGUUCCCUCUUCUUGCCAGAAUCCAUUCACACACAUACACCCAGAUUGUGGCCACUGUGAUCUUUGGCAUUAUAGCAGCAAUCAUGGCAUUCUUUUUUGGACUCACUGAUCUUCUGGACCUCAUGUCAAUUGGGACCCGGCUAGCUUACUCCCAGGUGGCUUUUUGUGUUCUUAUCAUCAGGUAUCAGCCUGAUAUGCAGAAUGAGGGAAAUGAAGCAGAGGUGCAAGAAGAGAAUAGACCUGCAGCAGAGAAUCUGACUCUACAGAGACUACUUUUUCCAGGCAGUUCCAUUCCCACUCCACUCUCUGGCCGGGUUGUCUAUGUUUCCUCCUCACUACUUGCUCUGCUGCUCACACUUCUGUGCCUAGUGCUGACCCAGUCACCAGUUCUGCUUUCUGGGGACCCAGUGUGGAUUUCAGUGGUUGUGGUGCUCCUGGUGCUCAUCACUGGGCUCACUGGGGUCAUCUGGAGACAGCCACAGAGCUCCAGUCCCCUUCCCUUUAAAGUCCCUGCUCUGCAUCUCCUCCCACUACUGAGUAUCUUUGUGAAUGUUUACCUGAUGAUGCAGAUGACAGCUGGCACCUGGAUCCCAGUUGGUGUCUGGAUGCUGAUUGGGUUUGCUAUCUACUUCAGUUAUGGGAUCCAGCAGAGCCCAGUCUCCAACCCCUCUUAAAUUAAGACCCAAACUGUGGACCUUGAACUCAGCAGUGCCAGUACAUAUUUGGUUUGA